AUGUCUUACAGUGUGACCCUGACUGGGCCCGGACCCUGGGGCUUCCGUCUGCAGGGGGGCAAGGACUUCAACAUGCCGCUCACCAUCUCCCGGAUCACGCCGGGCAGCAAGGCAGCCCAGUCUCAGCUCAGCCAAGGCGACCUCGUGGUGGCUAUUGAUGGUGUCAACACAGACACCAUGACCCACCUGGAAGCCCAGAACAAGAUCAAGUCCGCCAGCUACAACCUGAGCCUCACGCUGCAGAAGUCAAAGCGUCCCAUUCCCGUCUCCACGACAGCACCCCCGAUCCAGUCUUCUCUGCCAGUGAUUCCCCACCAGAAGGACCCUGCUCUGGAUAUGAACGGCAGCCUGGUGGUGCCCAGCCCCAGCCCUGAGGCACAAGCCAGCCCAGUCAUCCCUGGUACAACGGAGCUCAGGCAGAACUUGAGUUCCUCCUUCUCCCAGACCUCCGUCUUCUCCCACUCAGAGACCUCUGACCCCUCCCCUCCACGGGGCAGCCUGGGAGCCAAGACCAGCCCAGAGGGUACAAAAGUCCCAGUGGGCUCGAGACAGCCCAGGCAGUAUAACAACCCCAUUGGCCUGUACUCGGCAGAGACCCUGAAAGAGAUGGCUCAGAUGUAUCAGCUGAGCCUCCGAGGGAAGGCCUUGGGUGCUGGACUCCCAGGAGGCGCCGACUACCAGGAACGCUUCAACCCCGGUGCCCUGAAGGACUCUGCCCUGUCGACCCACAAGCCCAUUGAGGUGAAGGGGCUGGGAGGCAAGGCCACCAUCAUCCACGCGCAGUACAACACGCCCAUCAGCAUGUACUCCCAGGAUGCCAUCAUGGACGCCAUCGCUGGGCAAGCCCAGGCCCAGGGAAGUGACUUCAGUGGGAACCUUUCUGUUAAAGAUCUGGCUGUGGACAGUGCCUCUCCUGUGUACCAGGCUGUGAUUAAGAACCAGAACAAGCCGGAAGAGGAGGCUGAUGAGUGGGCCCGCCGCUCCUCCAACCUGCAGUCUCGCUCCUUCCGCAUCCUGGCCCAGAUGACAGGGACAGAAUUUAUGCAAGACCCGGAUGAAGAAGCUUUGCGAAGGUCAAGGCCCCAGGCGUCUGCCUACAACCCUACAACAGCCAGCUCUCUGACACCUGCUGCCAACACCAGCUAUGGUGAGGCCCCAGCUGCCCCUGCACCCAAGCCCCGGGUUGUGACCACAGCCAGCAUCCGGCCUUCCGUCUACCAGCCAGUACCUGUGUCUACCUACAGCCCAUCCCCAGGGAAAAGUUACAGUCCAGCUCCCUACACCCCCUCGCCUGCUCCUGCCUACACCCCAUCACCGGCACCAGCCUAUACCCCCUCACCUGCCCCAAGCUAUAACCCUGCACCCUCAGUCACCUACAGUGGGGGCCCUGCAGAAGCUACCAGCCGCCCACCCUGGGUGACAGAUGACAGCUUCUCCCAGAAGUUUGCCCCUGGGAUGAGUACCACAUCACUCAGCAAGCAGGCUCUGUCACGGGGGAGCCCAGCCUACCCUGGGACAGGUCCCCAGAUGCCUCCCCUUGCCAGGGGCACCUUCCAGAGGGCCGAGCGCUUCCCAGCCAGCAGCCGGACUCCACUCUGCGGCCACUGCAACAACGUCAUCCGGGGUCCCUUCCUGGUAGCCAUGGGCCGCUCCUGGCACCCAGAAGAGUUCAACUGUGCCUACUGCAAGAACUCCCUGGCAGACGUGUGCUUUGUGGAGGAGCAAAACAACGUGUACUGUGAACGGUGUUACGAGCAGUUCUUUGCCCCGCUGUGUGCCAAGUGCAACACCAAAAUCAUGGGGGAAGUGAUGCAUGCCUUGAGACAGACCUGGCACACCACCUGCUUCAUCUGUGCGGCCUGCAAGAAGCCCUUUGGGAACAGCCUCUUCCACAUGGAAGAUGGGGAGCCCUACUGUGAAAAAGACUAUGUCAAUCUGUUCAGCACCAAAUGUCAUGGCUGCGACUUCCCCGUGGAGGCUGGUGACAAGUUUAUCGAAGCUUUGGGACAUACCUGGCAUGACACCUGCUUCAUUUGUGCAGUCUGCCAUGUGAACUUGGAGGGGCAACCGUUCUACUCCAAGAAGGACAAGCCCCUGUGCAAAAAGCAUGCGCACGCCGUCAACGUGUAG